UCAGCCACAGCUACAGGAUGGACAAGCAAGGGAGAAAUCUUGACAGAACUGAUGGAGGUAACCAGCCCAAAGGUGGAGUCAGCUCUAAUGAUGGUGGACCAGACAACCAGUCCAAAGGUGGAGGCAGCUCUGAUGAUGGUGGACCAGACAACCAGUCCAAAGGUGGAGGCAGCUCUAAUGAUGGUGGACCAGACAACCAGUCCAAAGGUGGAGGCAGCUCUGAUGGUGGUGGUGGGCCACACCUACAGGAAGAAAAGGAACUCAAGGAGAGUCUGCAGAAACUGAAAAAAAGGAUGUCAGUAGAAUGUUUCACAUGUGCUGAAGCGUUUGAAAGAGUGCUCUAUCAACAAAACUCCAACUGA